UUAUAUGUGUGACUUAAACUAAUCCUUUGUUCAUUCUUUAUUGUUCUUCAUUGAUUCUUUUGUUGCAUUUUCAGCGCGUUCACGUCGGGGUGCGGUGCGCCGGCUCGCCGCCAGAGGGCGCUGCAGCGCCACCAACAGGCUGAGCCUCAAAGUGAAAGCUACCGACGCAGCGAGUCCCCGGUGGGCAGAGCGGUCUGUUCCCGGUGUGAGGACGGCCAGCAGCAUGGAGUUCAUCACGGACAUCAGUGUCCUCGUCCCUGAAAAGUACUUCAAAGACCCUGGGAGAUUACAGAAGCUUCUCCUGCCGUACGGCUGGCAGAAGAAGGCCGGCGUCUACGCGGUGAGAGGAACCUUUGAGGAGCUGGAGACCCUCAGCACCAGCCUGACGGAGGAGGUGGACCGAGAGCGUCCGGCCGCCUCGCCUCACGUCACGCCUGUGGCCGUGUCCGGGGUCGUCAUGGCCUUCAUCCACAAGAAACACGCCGAGGAACUUGAGAAGAUUCAAGGGAGCAGUUUCUCCAUUGAAGAGCUCCACGAGCCCGGCGGCACGGAGCGGGUGGUUCUCCGACCGCGCGACGCCUCCUCGCUCCCCGUCCACGCCGACUUGUUCCGGCAGCGGUUCGUCACGUUCUACCAGAGGACGGCGUCCGACCUGCAGACCGCGUCCCUGCCGCCUGGUCUCGACCGCACGGACCUGGGCGCCAGGUUCCCGGAGCUCCUCUUCGAAGGCGGGCCCGGCGGAGGCGACCCGACGGCGACCGGGUCCUUCGUGCACCUUGCUAAACUGAAAGAGUUCCUUUCCCAAAGCACGUCGAGCUCCAGCACCAAUCCGGUGGGCGGAGCUCCAGCGAACACGCCGCCUGUGGGCCCCGGAGAGGAAGAGGACCCGUGUCCCAUCUGCAUGGAGCCGAUGACGGCCCUCGACAAAGAGACUCUGCGCUGUCGGCACUCGUUCUGCACCGGCUGCCUGGAGAAGGCCUUCCACUACAAGCCCGUGUGCCCGACGUGCGGCGCGCUGUACGGCGCCCUGACGGGGACGCAGCCCGACGGAGGGGAGAUGGAGGUCAGCGUCACCGCUUCGCCGCUACCGGGAUACGAGAAGUAUGGAACCAUCACCAUACACUACCACAUCCCAAACGGCAUCCAGAAGGAGGAGCACCCGAGCCCCCGGCAGCCGUACGAAGGCGCGUACCGCAUCGCCUACCUACCAGACUGCGCUGAGGGCCGGAGGACCCUGGAGCUGCUGAGGAGGGCCUUCCACCAGAAGCUCAUCUUCACCGUGGGCCAGUCCUCCACCAGCGGCAGGAGCAACACGGUGACGUGGAACGACAUCCACCACAAGACGUCCACCCACGGAGGCCCGACCCGAUAUGGAUACCCCGACCACGACUACCUGAGCCGAGUGCAGGAGGAGCUGAAGCUCAAAGGGAUUGAAUGACGGGUUCAGCUCCAGGCAGCUCGUGUUUAAUGGAGCUUCAUAUGUUUUAAUGACACGUAUAACCAUAGAGGACGUUCAUCAUUAAUUUGUGUUAUCACGGAUCAGUGUUUGACAAUUCAGUUAUUGUUUGAACUCACUAAGUAUUUUUUUAAACAUUCCUAAAUGUCUGAGAGUUGUUUGUUAGUCCUGAUUAACUUAGGCGCGAACUAACUGUAAAACCUGCAUUCCCUCUCAUGGCCACCAGGGGGUCGACUCCUCUGGUUGUACUGGGGCCUUUGAGAAAAUAACUUGUCACUUGAUUUAUUCCCUCAGUAAACAUGAGUUUAUGUCUCAAUCUC